AUGGAGAACGGCGCGAGCGGCCACUGCCUGGGCCCGGUGAUGCCCAGCCCAGAGUACACCGUCUCUGCGUUCCUGGACCUGGCCCAGGUCACGGCGGAGGACGUGGUGUACGACCUCGGCUGCCACGACGGCAGGUUGCUCAUCGCGGCCGCUCAGAAGCGCGGGGCGCGGGGCGUGGGGGUGGAGCGGGAGCUGGAGGGCUCGCACAGGGCGAGCAACGCGGUGCAGCAAGCGAAGCUGAAUGGCCGGGUCACCAUUAUCCAUGGGGAUGCGAUGGAGACUGGCUUAGAUGAUGCAACAGUGGUGUAUCUGUACCUGAAGCCUGAGGGCCUGGCAGCUCUGGUCCCCAAGCUGGAAGAUGAAUUACGCCCAGGAACAAGGGUUGUGUCCUACAUGUUCAGGAUACCUGGUUGGGAUGACCACAUGGUUGAGGUCAGGGCAACCACCUCAGAGAAACCAGGACGCGUUGACGUCAGCAAUGUUUCCAGGUUAUUUCUCUAUCAUCCCCCUGGCAAGAAGGCGAAGGGAUCCAAAUUUUGGUGGAAGAUUGCUGUGGCCACGAUGAUGGCCGCGGUGGUGGCGGCGCUGGCCUGCAACCUCAUGUGCCGUCGCCGGCAGAGUCGACAGAGUAGAAUGAGUCGGAUGAGGUUGCUCAAACGCCACUGA